AUGGAAAACGACUGGCUGGACGGCAAUUGGGCCUCGGAUUAUGGAACCCCAGAGUUUUUGACUUCUAACCGCCCCAGAGCUGGCACAGCUGCCGAACAAGCCAGCCCAGUAGCCCAACCAGCCAGCCAAGCCGCCGAACGAGUCGACGAACCACGUGGCGAUCAUGUCUUACCGCUUCUCCGACUUAGUAGUUGGAAUGUGGACAAGCAAUAUGACAAGAAUAACCCUGUAUAUAUCCACUAUGACUUUCGGUGGAAGAUCUCCCAGCGUGAAAACAUCAGAGCCAGGCAUGUUUGUUCAGACACAGAUCCCGAUCUCGUCCUAGCUCCGGGCGAUUUUUGGAAAGUUGACUUCCAGGCACGACUUGAAAGUCUUCUACAAGACGAGGACAAGUUUCCCGGAGAUACUUAUACGUGCGAAGAAACGAUCAUCGAGAUAUCCGUCGAGCGGAGCCGUCAGCGCAGCCUAUCGAAACGAUUUAAGAAGCUGGAGAUCAAUUGGCAGAUAGUUGAUGAGCACCUAGAAGGUCUUGGUGACUUGUUUAGCAAAGGGAGGAAGAUAACCUUCAGCAUAGAGUUUGUCUAUAAAGAAAUUACUAGCAAUUCUACAACGCCAAAGGGCAAGAAGAAGAAGAAGAGCGCUACGGAGGCUCAAAAGCUUCAGAGAGCCGCCGAUGCUAGUCUCUGGAGCCGACUCUACGAGCUUCAUCGCUACAGAGCCAAACACUAUAAACAAGGACCCCACUGCUUGCUGGACGAACGAGGAAACCACCGUAAACUACUACCAGCCCAGCUGGAAGAAAUUGUCUGCCACAUCAGAGCCAACAUGAAGGAAAGGGAGACAGAGGAGGAUGUCGAAGUUGACAUUGAGAUCCCACCCCACAUUCUCAAACAUAUAUUGGAUAACAGCUGCAAGCGGAAGGCUGAAGAUGUCUCUGCUGACUGUCGUCAUUGUAAAGUCCAUACUUCAGCGACUCUACCUAGUGAAGAUCUUGGGGACGUAGAAGGGGAUAGACAAGCGAAACUUGAGGAGUAUUGUAACUGGGGCCUAACACAAGUCGAGAGCGAUAGAUGGAGAAAUGCGCUGCAGAUUGCAAAUCAGGUUGCAAUAGAUCAAUUCCUAGAACUGAACACUAUCCUACAACACCCAAAAGUUGUCGCGGAACUAAUAGUAAAAAAUAAAGUACUGCUAAGUAUUACGCUGCAAUUUAUGAGCAACAUCAAAAAAUUCUUGCAGGAAGAAAAGGAGAUUUAA